AAAUUAUCCCAAGACUCUCUUAUUUAUAUUUGCACAUUGUCCUUCACCAGUUCCCAUACGCGCGUCUAAAAUUCUCAGACACCACCCACCUCCCCCAGUCCCACAACCAACUCCGACCCCUCUCCUCCGUUAAUGGCCUACGUUGCCACCCGUCGAAUCCCCUCGCGCGUCCCCAAACCCCUCCUCCGAGCCCUCUCCUCCGUCACCGCCCCGCCGUUAAACCUAACGCCGAAGCUCGCCGAGCCCUCGACCCGGUCCGGUUCGCCUGCGGCCUCCUCCUCCUCCGCCCUCGACCUAACCGACUCGGGCAGGCUCUUCGCCUCAGCCCGCACCGGGACCCUCGUCGCCGCGCUCGCCACCCUCUCCGCCAUGGCGAUCGAGCCGUUGGUGGACGCCGGGACGGCGGUGAUGCGGUCGCGGGCGAUCAUGGAGAGCCUGCUCGGCCGGUCCGUCGUCAUCGCGGCGGUCCGGUCCACGGUUUACAGGCACUUCUGCGCGGGCGAGUCGGUCGAGGAGGUGGACCGGGCGGUUCGGGACUUGUCGCGUUCCGGUCUAAGGGCGAUCCUCGACUACGGCAUGGAGGACGCCGAGGACGCAGAGGCCUGCGCUCGGAACCUCGCGGGGUUCCUACGGACGGUGGAGAUGGCUUCGUCUAUGCCACCGACCUCGGCAACUGUGUGCAUAAAGAUUACAGCACUAUGUCCAAUUUCAUUACUUGAGAGGAUCAGUGAUCUACUGAGAUGGAAUAAAAAAGACCCAUCAUUCGAGCUUCCGUGGAAAGCGCAUUCCUUUCCAAUCCUCACCGAUUCGAGCCCAAUCUACCUCACCCCUUCAAUUCCAGAGCCUCUAACACAAGCAGAAGAGCUCGAACUCCGGUCGGUGCACGAAAAUAUAGCUACUCUCUGUGAACAAUGUGCUAAGUACAAUAUCCCUUUACUAGUCGACGCGGAGUAUGCAUCAGUUCAACCUGCAAUAGACUACUUCACUUACUCAGCUGCUCUCAAGUAUAAUAGAGGAGAUUGCGCUGUUGUUUACGGAACAAUGCAAGCAUAUUUGAAGGAUUCUAAAGAGAGGCUGGUGAAUAUGGUAAAUGCCGCGGAGGAGCAGGGCUUCUCCAUCGGGCUUAAGCUUGUGAGGGGUGCUUACUUGACAAGGGAGACACAAUUGGCUUCGGCUUUCGGGGUGCCUUCGCCUAUUCACGGGAGCAUUCAAGAGACUCACAAGUGUUACAACGAGUGCGCAUCCUUCUUGCUCGAACGAGUGAGGCAAGGAUCUGGAGCAGUCGUGCUUGCCACCCACAACGUCGAGUCCGGACGACUGGCGGCAGCAAAAGCUCAGGAACUGGGGAUUGUAAAAACAGACCAGAAACUGCAGUUUGCGCAGUUAAUGGGAAUGGCGGACGGGCUUUCAUUGGGGCUCAGAAAUGCAGGGUUCCAAGUGAGCAAGUAUUUGCCCUUCGGACCGGUGGACCAAGUCAUUCCAUACCUCCUUAGAAGGGCUGAGGAAAACAGAGGCUUCCUUUCUUCCGCGGCACUUGAUAGGCAGCUCCUAAGGAAGGAGCUAAAGAGACGGCUGAAGACUGCGGUUCUGGGACGGGAUUAAUUAUUGAAGUAUAUUAACAACAUGUACAGGAUAUCAUAUUCUUAUGUACACCAUUGUGUAAACUCUCUUUAAGAUGUAUGUGAAGGUAAAAAAAAAAAAAAAAAAAAAAAAA